AUGGCCCACAGUUAUCAUCAUUCUGUAGAUACUCUUCUUGAAAAGGUUAAGCGUCAUCCUCAAUACUAUCUGAACGGCGGGGACGCUCACUUCCUGGUGGAGAACCAGUUGUUUCGUGUACAUCGUUACUUCUUUGAACGAGAGUCGGCAUGGUUUCGUGAAAAAUUCUCGGCGGCUGCACCUCCUGGCCAGGGUCCAAAGGGUGCUUCGGAUGCGAGUCCCUUCACGCUCGACGACGUCCAAGCCGAGGACUUUGCGCGAUUUCUUUGGGUGUUCUACAAUCCAAAAUAUUCAAUAUACGACGCAACUGUAGAUGACUGGUCCACUAUCCUCAAGCUAGCCUUUGACUGGCGAUUUGCUGAGGUCAAGAAGCUCUGCUGUCGUGAGCUGGAGAAGUUUGUGAUUCCCGCUGUGCGGAAAAUUGAGCUCUACCAGGCGUACGAGCUCGACAAGCGAUUGUUGAUUCCUUCGUACAUUGCUAUGACCGUACGACCAGAGCCGUUGUCCCUACAGGAGGGUCGUCACCUUGGCCUCGAGACUGUCCUUCUCAUUGCGAGAGCUCGUGAGAUGGCACGAGGGAAGCCAGAGGGAAGUGGACUGAUCAGUCCUGGACCGGUCACGGUCGAGGAUGAAGACAUGCACAAUGUUAUCAAGGAGGUUUUUGGCCUCAGAGGUGGCCCUCCUUCCCCUUCCUUAACCCCCCGGGCAGACGUCACCAACGCAUCUCCUUUCACCAGUCCUUCAAAGAGUGGCAAGAUUCCGGCUUCUCAUGAGCUCGCGAUAUCGCCUAGACGGCUCAGCUUCGCUGCUGCGUCGGUGGUCUCGUCUGAGACUGCUGUUAACGCGGUCCUUGGGCCCGAACUCUCGGCCACUGCACCCCCGCCUGCGUCUGCCACCACUCCCGCUGCUCCGCCCGCUUCGGUGUCGGCUUCAGCCUCGGCUGCUGAUACAGAGAAGCAAAAGGAUGCGGCGGUGGCGUCUGCUAAGUCUCCAGGUCAAUCCGAGUCAAUGUCUACUCGUCUUUCGUUGAGAACCCCACUGAAGUCCAUAUUUACAACGCAGGAACAGGCCCCGCACCAUCAGGACCAACAGGGGCAAAGCCCAAAGACGACAAGGUCAAGGACUCCGGAGGAGCGAACGGUACCGCUAAUAAGAACGCCAAUAGUAACAAGAUCGACAGGCUCGAUACCGCAGCAGCAACCGCCAGCACCGCAGCUAGAAAUGGGCCUCCAACCGGAGGACCAGCACCUGGCGCCAAUGCCGAUGCAGCCAACAGUCCCAAAGGAAACGUCAAAACAAAAGCGGGCGAGGGAGAAGGCGGCAAGACAGGCGAAGGAGAGGUUGGAAAAGGAGAGGGCGAUGGAAAGACAGGGGAGACGCGACCAGAGACUCCCACUGGAGGGAAAAACAAACCCAAGAGGAAUGGGAGAUAGUAGUGGAUCGCAAACGCCGGCACGUAGUAUCAGUACAGGCGCAUUGAACACUCCUACAGUCGAUAUCGCAAAUCCUGUUGACGAUGCGCUUGGUGCCGAUGCUGGAACUGAGACGCACGAGACGAGUAUGUCGCCAGACGGUGAUGCCAGUACCAAUGUAGAGACCAAUACCAAUGCCUUGGUGGAUGGCCAUGUCACGGAGAGCGGUGAUGCAGCGCAGACGGCGGGAGUUGCCUCUGAGGAGAGCGAGCAGCCCAGUGCCGACGGCAAAAGCAACAUAGCAGCGGCGGAGAACAAUACGCGCGGCGCGUCUACCCCAGCCGAUGCGCGCGUCGGAGCGGGAGGCGAGGCAGCGCCCGAUGGGACCGAGGCUACGUGCCAGAACGAGGCUGAUGGCUCGGGCACACGAGCCAGCGAGGCAGAGCUAGCCGACCCUCGUGCUGAUGCGCAUGCCGGCGUAGAAGGUACCGCCGGGAGCGCAGCAGGAGCAACCGGUACCGCCGUGUCGGACGGACAGCAGCCCGCUGGAGCCGGUGAGAACGAAGAGCAGCAGACCGGGAUGGCGACAGAGACGCACGACUCGGAGACGCAGGCCGGCACAGGAGAAAAUACGGGCAGUGGAUGGAAGAGUUCCAGUUCGGUGGGCAGUAAUGAAUCCUGGGUCAGCGUUGAUGCGCCGCCCGCAGGGGGUUCCCCAGUCUUGGUCCCGGUUGGCGAUACGGAGCCAGUACAGAGCGAGGAAGGAGCACUAGAGGAUACUGUCGCUGGGUAUGAUGCACAGACAGAAACAGCAGUGGCCAGCGGCGAUGAGGAGACGCAAGACAACAACAAAGACAGCAAUGUUGACCCCAAUAUCGAAGCUUGGGACUUUGAUGAUGAUACCGAAACCGAAGCAACUGUAGGACUAUUAAUCUCGUAA